GUCUAGCAUUUUUUGUUGUUUUAGAUAUGCUGACUUGCUAAGGUCGGGUGCUACUGGUAGUGUGUCCAUUAGUGCUUUGGUGUCUGCAAUCUCUGCUGGAAUGAGAGCUCUACCAGAAGAUCCAGUGGUUCAAACAAAUGGGUGUCGCUUGCUUGCUCACAUUGCUGUCAAUGAUAGCAAUCAGUUAGCCAUAGCAAAAGAAUGUGGUGUCAAAGCAGUGUUGAUGGCCAUGAAGAACUUUCCAUGUGAUUCGGCAAUUCAAGAAAGCAGCUGUCGUGUAUUGGGUCUUUUGUCAUAUCAUUCUGAAACUCAGCAGUAUGUUACUCGACUGGGAGGUAUUGAGGCAACUCUUGCAGCAAUGGAUAGCUGCGGCUCUCCAGAAGUGCUUGUUUCUGGUUGUAGCACUCUCACCUGUCUUGCAGUGACAGAAAAGAACAUUGACCGCAUACGAGAUGAGAAGGGUGUUGAACGAGUCGUGUCUGCUAUGAAAAAGUUUGAAGAUCAUUCAGAUCUUCAACUGACUGGAUGCCUUGCACUCAAAUUAUUUGCAGAAACUAAGGAAGUUGCCAAACAAGUAGUCGCUGAAGGAGGUGAAGCCGUUAUCAGGUCUGCUAUGAAAAGAUUUUCUGAAUCUGCUGAACUGCUGAAGGAAGCUCAAGAUGCUCUGGACAACAUUAAGAAGCACAGCACUUAACUUGUCUUGUACUUUUGUUCAUUAAGGAGGUUAUCAAACUUGUUUACCUUCAUCUAUAGAAAUAGGAUGAGUUAGAGAGUAAAAUGGUGUCAACACACUGGCAACAGUUUAAUUGUUAUAUGUUAAUUGCUGGUAGAAGUAUAUGGCACUUGAGAACAAGGAAAGUUUUUAACAAUUAUUAUAACAAGCACCUUGUUUGUCAGUACAGGCACUAAGAUCGUAUAGCUUUGUUUUAAGUAGUACAGUAAAUCUGACUAUUGGCAAGA